AUGGCUAAGCUAGCUCUGCCAGGUCCUGUUAUUUCUCUCCUGCUUCUGUUCUUCUUCUCGGGUAAGAUUUCGAUGUUGGUGAAUGGACAGAAAACUUGGUGUGUGGCAAAGCCUGCAGCACCACAACAUGCACUGCAGUCAGCUCUGGACUAUGCCUGUAACUAUGCGGAUUGCAGCCCUACCAAGAAAGGAGGUUCUUGCUAUGACCCUGAUAGGCCAGUGCACCAUGCCUCGUUUGCCAUGAAUGCUUACUACCAGAAGAUGGGAAGAAACCAAUGGAAUUGUCAUUUUAACAAUACUAGUCUGAUUUCCUUGGCAGAUCCAAGUUACAAUCCCUGCUGCCAAUUUGUGAGUGGAGGAUCUGGACCUCCACUGCCACAGGAAAAGGAGGUAACUCAAAUCCAAACAGUAUAA